CAAGUUCAAUUGAUAAGGAUUCUACCACAGUUUCAAAUGGUGAUGUACAAAGUGCAGAACAGGGCACACAUGUUGCUGAUGAUGGGGGGAAAGAAUCCUCAAGUGUUCAAUUGUCAGGAUCAUUUUACGACAAUGUUCUCCAACUUUGUAAAAGUACCUUGAAUGAUAUUGCAAAUGACGGUGUUUUAACAACAGGUGUUGUUAAAGAGGCUGUUAACAAGCUUUCAAACUCAAAACGGUCAAUUUACCAGUAUUUCCAGAUAAGGAGGGGACAUUAUGGAGCGUUCUCCGGGUGGUAUACAGUUUGCUGUCUACUCUAGCACAUCUUGCCUUAUCUCUCUCUUUUUUAUCCUUUUUCCUGAGUGCGCUCAGUUUCUGCAUCAAUUGUUCAAUUGAGUUUACCUUUGAGAUGAUCGCCCCAGGCUUCAACGCGUCGACGAGUCGCAGGAACUUCUACUCUGCGUGCCAGUUCGUGAUGCUGCUCUACACCCUCUUUAACACCUCACUCAUGAUGUCCCUCUUCUGGGACGUCCUACGAGCCGUCAUGUAUAAGCGGUCUCGGCGUGUAACGCAUGCGCGUAACGCCCUGUUCAUCAUCGUCAUUAUCUCGUCCGCUAUCUGGGCCGGGGCAACGCGUGACGCCAGCACAGGGCUUGUCCGGCUUGUUUCCGACUGCCUGGUUGUGUCUUGGGUUAUUGCGCUCAUAGUGUCAGUGAUCGGGGGAGUGUUUCUGUUACUAGUGGUCUAUGAGGAGCCCCUAAUGACUGGAAAGGCUAUGUGGUACUGUGCUGCAGCUAUCUCGCUUGUAUCGCUUCUGUUCGCUAUUCUUUCGCCGAUAGCAUACAGCCUUCUUGAUGCAUCUGCCGGUGCUAUUUGCUUUGCUGUCUUCUAUCCCUGUAUUUCCGGUCUUUUGUUUGCGUACUGUUACUGCUUUAGGGGUUGCCAAAAGGAAACAAAUAAUUUCUUGAUUAAAGCAUCGGUUCUCAUGCUGAUUGGAUUAUCCUACUUUGUCAUUAUAGCUCUAGCCUCUAAUGCACGGGUAAACUGUGACGAUGCUUGUCAGUUGGGGCCUGUGUCGAGCCAAAAGCAGCUGUUCGUUGCAAAAGGCUUGUCUCUAAAGGCCGAUAACGCUGGUUACCCGAUUUGCAACAAAAAGUGGAGUUCGCUCGGACUUCAGAUCACCGACUGGGCUUUCAUGGCAGAUCUUGCUUACAAGACAAGCGAGAACAAAACCAUGGCCCUUAACAGGCUUAACAACUAUUUCAGUGACCGCGGUGCAAACUGGGAACUUGUCACAAGGUCGACCAAGAAACCGGUGUUUUACCAUAUAAGGGAGCGUACCGUUGGAGUAAACGUUAUUGGUAUUCGCGGCACAAAGGACUCGAGGGACUGGUUCGAGAAUUGCAAAAUCUGGAAUGAGAUCGCGACGUUCCAACUGACUUCCGUCUUCCUGCCAAUCCAGCAUUUGCCACUCGACUUCGUAGCGUUUUUCAUUGCUCAGUCAUCCUUUCUGGACUACACUCUACACCACGCCAGUUAUAACUCCUACUUCAAGGUUCUUGAAAACUACGUAACGGCGGUCAAAAACAAGUCUGCUGAAGACGUGUUUUUGGUUGGUCAUUCUUUAGGAGGAGGACUCGCCAAGUUAGUAGGAAUCCGCAAUCGCAUUCAAGCCAUCUCAGUAUCCAGCCCGGGGGAAGUGUAUAAUCGAGACAAGUUCCGCUACUCCCUGAAAGACGUCCAACAGUACACGACGUCUGUGAUCGCCCAACACGACUUGGUCACGUGGAUAGAUAAACACGGAGGCCUGGUGCAGUACGUGGAGUGUGACGUCAGCAGCUUCUUGGAAUGCCACAGCAUCAGGAACACCUAUUGCGAGCUGAAGAAAAAGUGUGACAGCGUGACACCGAUAGAGUGCCCAUAGUGUGACACUGAUAGAGUGCCCAUAGCGUGACACCGAUAGACCGCCCAUAGCGUGACACCGAUAGAGUGCCGAUAGCAUGACACUGAUAGAGUGCCCAUAGUGUGACACUGAUAGAGUGCCCAUAGCGUGACACCGAUAGACCGCCCAUAGCGUGACACCGAUAGACCGCCCAUAGCGUGACACCGAUAGACCGCCCAUAGCGUGACACCGAUAGAGUGCCCAUAGCGUGACACUGAUAGAGUGCCCAUAGCGUGACACCGAUAGACCGCCCAUAGCGUGACACCGAUAGAGUGCCGAUAGCAUGACACUGAUAGAGUGCCCAUAGCGUGACACCGAUAGAGUGCCGAUAGCAUGACACUGAUAGAGUGCCCAUAGCAUGACACUGAUAGAGUGCCCAUAGCAUGACACCGGCGUGACUGCCGGUAGUGUGACAUCGAUUAACCGUAUAUAACAAAGUGAUACCGAUAUUCUCUUGAUAAAAAUCUUGUCAUGAUCGUUUGCGCACAGGCCUGUAGAGCGGAAUAGCGUUUUAAUAAGCUGAGACGACUAGACUGCUGAUAGCGUGACACCUUUAGACUGCUUAAAGCGUGACACCGAUAGAUUGCACAUGGCGUGACACCUAUAGACUGCUCAAGGUGUGGCACCUAUAGAUUGCACAUAGCGUGACACCUAUAGACUGCUCAAAGCGUGACUCCUAUAGAUUGCACAUAGCGUGACACAUUUAGACUGCUCAAAGCGUGACACCCAUAGAUUGCACAUAGCCUGACACAUUCAGACUGCUCGUAGCGUUUCACCGAUUAGCAAAGUGUGGAGAAAAGCAACAAGGUAGUCAAAAUAUGCUAUAUUAAACACUUAAUUAAUUCUUUAGUUCAAAUGUAGGAAAGAGAGUGAGGGAGAGGAAGGGCAAGAGUAGGGAGGAAAGCUCACUAAAUGACAAGCCUUGUUGUUACCAUGGCAAUGUCAAGGUAGAGUGGCUCACUCAAGACAAUCAUUUUAUGCAAAAAACAAACAAACAAACAAACAAAAA